AUGUUCAUAUUUAAAUGGGAAAACCCAUAGGCAUGAGAUGAAGGUGCAUGAAGGAUCCAACCAACGAAGGAAGCAAUUUACUUUCACACAUAAAUGAAUACAGUUGGACUGUGUCGUAUUAAGCUUAAAUUAAUCCUCUUUUUGACCUUACAAUUUUAACACUUUUUUUCUUCUUCUACUUUUACUCUUUCUCUCUCUAUAUAUCUCUCUCUCUAAACAGUGUUUUCUCAAUUUCUCCGGCGGCGUUUUCUCUCUCUUGUCGGAGCCUUUGACUUCGCCGAUCACCGUCCCUAGGCAGCCAUGGGGCAUUGCUGCAGCAAAAACAUUGCCGUCAACAACGAAACGGUCGCCGCCGAUCAAGGCUUCAAGCCGCCGCUUCACGCGGCGACAUCGUCGCCGGCGCAGCCUUCCGGCAACUCUGUCUCUGGCGCAAGCGAUGCGACUCCGGGGAGAUACACUCCGGCCAACUCGUUCUCGACCAGCCCCUUCCCGAGCCCUCUCCCGCCAGGCGUGGCGCCCUCGCCGGCGAAGACUCCCGGCAGAAAGUUCCGGUGGCCGCUUCCGCCUCCGUCGCCGGCGAAGCCGAUCAUGGCGGCGCUGCUCCGGCGGCAGGGGAAGACGAAGCCAAAGGACGGGCCCAUACCGGAGGAGCAAGGAGAAGUCGGUGACGGAGAGAGGUCGCUUGAUAAGAGUUUUGGUUAUGGGAAGAAUUUUGGGGCAAAGUUUGAGUUAGGGAAGGAAGUGGGUCGUGGGCAUUUUGGUCACACUUGUUGGGCCAAAGGGAAGAAGGGUGAACUCAAAGGACAAUCAGUGGCUGUGAAAAUCAUAUCCAAAGCUAAGAUGACUUCAGCAAUAGCAAUUGAAGAUGUACGGAGGGAGGUGAAAAUGUUGAAGGCCUUAUCUGGACAUACAAAUUUGGUCAAAUUUUAUGAUGCAUUUGAGGAUGUCAACAAUGUCUACAUAGUUAUGGAGUUGUGUGAGGGUGGAGAAUUACUUGACAGAAUUCUAGAUAGAGGUGGGAGAUACACAGAGGAUGAUGCUAAAGCUAUUCUUGUACAAAUUCUAGACGUAGUUGCUUUUUGUCAUCUUCAAGGUGUUGUUCACCGUGAUUUAAAACCAGAGAAUUUUCUUUUUGUCUCAAAAGAUGAGAAUGCCGCGAUGAAAGUUAUUGAUUUUGGGCUAUCUGAUUUUGUUAGGCCAGAUCAACGCCUCAAUGAUAUUGUUGGCAGUGCUUACUACGUUGCACCUGAAGUGCUUCAUAGAUCAUACAGUGUUGAAGCAGACUUAUGGAGUAUUGGAGUUAUAUCAUACAUAUUGUUAUGCGGUAGUAGACCAUUUUGGGCACGCACUGAAUCAGGAAUCUUCCGGUCUGUGUUAAGAGCGAAUCCUAACUUUGAUGAUUCACCUUGGCCAUCAAUAUCACCAGAAGCUAAAGACUUUGUAAAGAGACUUCUGAACAAGGACCACAGGAAAAGGAUGACUGCUGCUCAAGCUUUAACUCACCCAUGGUUGAGAAAUGAAAGAAAUGCUAUUCCUUUAGAUAUUUUGAUUUACAAGUUAGUAAAGUCAUAUGUGCGUGCCUCACCUCUGAGACGUGCAGCAUUGAAGGCUCUCUCAAAAGCAUUGCCCGAAGACGAGCUUAUCUACCUUAGAGCACAGUUUAGCCUCUUGGAACCUAAAGAUGGCUGCAUUUCACUUGAGAAUUUUAGAGUUGCACUGGUGAAAAAUGCAACUGACGCAAUGAAGGAAUCAAGGGUUUCUGACAUUUUAAAUUUGAUGGACCCACUCUCUUAUAAAAAGAUGGACUUCGAAGAGUUUUGCGCAGCUGCAAUCAGUGUAUACCAGCUGGAAGUUCAUCAAGAAUGGGAUGGAAUUGCUACGACAGCUUUCAAGUAUUUUGAAGAUGCAGGAAACCGAGUCAUUUCAGUUGAGGAGUUAGCUCAGGAGAUGAAUUUGGGUCCAUCAGCUUACUCUCUAAUGGGUGACUGGAUCAAGAAAUCUGAUGGAAAACUCAGCUUGGUCGGCUUUACAAAGUUUUUGCAUGGUGUCACGAUGCGUAGUUCAAAUACAAGACACCGACAGCUAGUAUAACGAAUAACAAAAAAGGAGACAUUACUAUUAUUAUCAUUAUCAUAAUAUUUGUUGAAAUUAGUUUGUGUCUUUUUUAUUUUAUUUUCUCUUUUUAAGUUUGAAUGAAAAGAAAAUGGUACAGAGGGUCUAAGCAAUUUUUUUAAGGGGCUUGGGGGAUUGGGUCGUGGAGAAACAGCUAACACAUUGUUUUGUUCCUCUUGUGAUUUGCGGUGCAAAGUAAAAAUCACCUAUUUUACUUGUGAGCUCAAAUGCCACAUUGUCAAUUGCUUUCUUGUAAGAUUUCGUGUGAAUAUUAAAG